CGUCUCUAUGGUGGAGUGGGCGGGACCAGGGAGGAAGAUGGCGGCGCCCGUAGGUGCCGCUGCGUCCCAGGCUCCCGGGGGUCUUCGGUCCCCAGUGUGUCUCUUGGUGUUGGGAAUGGCGGGAUCUGGGAAGACCACCUUUGUACAGAGGCUCACAGGACACCUGCACAGCCAAGGCUCUCCACCUUAUGUGAUCAACCUGGACCCAGCUGUGCAUGAAGUUCCCUUUCCUGCCAAUAUUGAUAUUCGUGACACUGUGAAGUAUAAAGAAGUCAUGAAACAAUAUGGACUUGGGCCCAAUGGUGGCAUAGUGACCUCACUCAAUCUCUUUGCUACCAGAUUCGAUCAGGUGAUGAAAUUUAUUGAGAAAGCCCAGAACAUGUCUAAGUACGUGUUGAUUGACACGCCUGGGCAGAUCGAAGUAUUCACCUGGUCAGCUUCAGGGACAAUCAUCACUGAGGCCCUGGCAUCCUCAUUUCCAACGAUUGUCAUUUAUGUAAUGGACACAUCGAGGAGUACCAACCCAGUGACCUUCAUGUCCAAUAUGCUCUACGCCUGCAGCAUCUUGUAUAAAACCAAGCUUCCUUUCAUUGUGGUUAUGAAUAAAACUGACAUCAUUGAUCACAGCUUUGCAGUGGAGUGGAUGCAAGAUUUUGAGGCUUUCCAAGAUGCCUUGAAUCAGGAGACUACAUACGUCAGUAACCUGACCCGUUCGAUGAGCUUGGUGUUGGAUGAAUUUUACAGCUCACUCAGGGUGGUGGGCGUGUCUGCCGUGCUGGGCACGGGCUUAGAUGAACUCUUCGCGCAAGUCACCAGUGCUGCGGAGGAGUAUGAAAGGGAGUAUCGUCCUGAGUAUGAACGUCUGAAGAAGUCACUGGCCGGUGCGCAGAGCCAGCAGCAGAAAGAACAACUGGAACGCCUUCGGAAGGACAUGGGCUCCAUAGCCUUGGACACGGGAGCUGCUGCUGGCAGCGCCCCUCCUGCGCGGGACCCUUCCGACUUGAUCCUGACGCGGGGAACCCUGGAGGAAGAGGAUGAGGAAGCAGACAGCGACACUGACGACAUUGACCACAGAGUUACCGAGGAAAGCCACGAAGAGCCAGCAUUCCAGAAUUUUAUGCAAGAAUCAAUGGCACAGUACUGGAAGAAAAACAGCAAAUAGUUUCUGGAAGUCCAAAAUUUGGAACUCUGUGGAGGAACUAGCCUUACCUCUGGUCGGGGUUACUAUAAAGAACAGUUCUGUUCAGAAUAGCAGUUUCUUUUAUUAGGGAAAUCUCCUGACUUCGAUGAAGCCCGGAGGAUAAGACAUUUGCACCCGGCGGGUAGAAGCCAGUUCCCCUUGGCCUUUUCCUUGGUUGUUUGCAAGGAAGGGCAUUCCAUUCUUGGAUGCGGGUAUUCCUUCAGGCAUAAAACUUCGUGUUUUCUCAUGUGAACUCAAGUGCUUGCUGCUGACGGGUGGAAUAGGGAACAUACUGUUGUUCACUUCAGAUCUCUGGUGUUAGGCUGGAUCUGCAGCCUCUGUUUCCCCAGCAUCUGGCCCCUGAGCCACGAGCUCCCCUCCUUUUAGCAGAAGGGGACAGGGGACACAGGAGCCUGCCUGUAGAGCGGCAACCAGUCGGUGUUGGUGUGAAGUGUGCCUCAUGCUUGGUAGCUCAUUACAGGGAACCUGGUUUGUUGAAGAAAGUGGGCAAAACAUAUAAAUAAUAAAUAAGAAUCCUGCUUUCAUUGGUGACUUGGAUAGAGUUUUUAAUUUUAACUUUGUUCUAAGCCUGCCUGUCAUACUUUUGAAUAAGAAAUACAUACAAUCACAAAUAGAUUCUCUUCUCUUCAUCAGAGACGUUUAAAGCCACAUGUCCAAACCUCUCAGUAAGGAGAUGUUUACUACAGUUUCCUCUCUCCACACACUAGCAACCAGGUGUAGGGCCAGGCCCUAUUUAUAUUGUGCUUUGAACUUAAUGGAAAGUAUCCUUGGUGAUUCGCUCAGAGGUCAUAGGUGUGGGUCAUAUGGACAUUGCACAUACAGUGACCACAGUGAGGGUUUACCCUGCCUUCAUUCUUCCCAGUACCUUAAAAUGCAGUACCUUUCUCGUAAGGAGUUCUCUCACUGUGUAAUCUGUUCCAGUGGUUCUCCAAGUGUGGUCGCUGCAGCAGAAGCAUAAGCUUCUCCUGGGACAUUGGUAGGAACGGGACACUGAAGACCUGAAUCAGAAAUGGUGGGCCCCGCAGUCUGUUGGGAUCGCUGCUCUAACUCAAACAGCCUGGGACCGGUCCGGGCCAGCUGAACCUUGGCACUCGGUCCUCGUGUGACCUGCUCCAUCAAGAGUACCCUAACUUCCACCAUCUGGUGCCUGUUACCCAAUUCAAACAUUCU